UGGAAAAAAAAAAGUAACGAAAAAAGAAAGAAAAAGAGAAAACGGGAAAUAAUCGCAGUAACCAGAAGAGAGAGAGAGACAGAUCGUAUUUACUCCACACUUCUUCUCCCUUCGUCUCUUUCUCUCUCUACAUGUGCGAUGUGGAGGGAGGAAUACAAUAUUUUUCCUUUUCUUCCCCCUUUCUGCCCGUCGCUUUAUCUCUCUAAACAUUUCUGAAUAAACAGCUUUUUAUUCGAUACAACCCCUCUCUCUCUCUCUACAUUUGAAUUCGAUUCCUCCUUUGCACCAAAUGGUUGCUGCAUCCGGCAGAGAGAAACGCCCUAGCGAGAUGACGACCUCGCCGCCGCCGCCGCACCUCCGGAUGGAGAGAGCGUGAGGAGCACGGCGCCGCCGCGUACACAUGUGGUCUGGAGGAUGGAGUUAUGGAUGUAGGCAGAGCAGCUUUCUGAAGUGGAUUUGUUGGAAAUAGAUUUCGCAUCUUCUUGAAGAACAAACUUGACGUUCAAGGAAGUGGGGUUUGGUUGUUUUGGGGGGAUAGUGGGGUUUGCCCCUUGUAUGAAAUGGCAGAAGAUAGUGCGCGAGGUGGUGGGCUAUCUUCUGGUUUGGCAGUGAUAUUGAAUGGUGAGGAGGAGAAGGAGAAUCCGUCGAAAAGUCGGCUUGUUUCUUGUUUUGAUGAUUUCGGUGAUCAGACUGUGGAACGAGCUCUUGAGUAUAUCUUCGGUCUCCCUCACAGAUCGCUUGGUACGAUUACUGGUCCUGUAGACAAGGAGCUAGUUUGUGCUUUGAUAAAGAAUGAGAUGGCUACACUGAAUCCAAAUCCUUCUAGUUCGACCAGUGAAAGGGAAGGGAUUUGUAUUGAAAAUGGGUGUGGAUCUCAUGUUGUCGGGCUUGAAGAAUUGAGCAUUUGUGGUGACAUUAGAAUCAUUAAACCGCCACUGCUUAUUGAGAGCUUAGCAAUGUUCAGUAGUAUGAGGGCUAAUGUGAGAGUUUGGAAAGGGAAAUGGAUGUAUGAGGUCGUUCUGGAAACUUCUGGGGUUCAGCAGCUUGGAUGGGCAACUCGAUCUUGUCCUUUCACUGACCAUAAAGGUGUAGGUGACGCAGAUGAUUCGUAUGCUUUUGAUGGGAAAAGGGUUAGUAAGUGGAACAAAGAUGCUGGGCCAUACGGUCAGGCUUGGGUAGUUGGUGAUGUUAUUGGAUGUUGCAUUGACAUGGAUCUUGAUGAGAUCCUAUUUUACAGAAAUGGUGUGUCUCUUGGUGUGGCAUUUCGUGGUAUCCGUAAAAUGGGACCUGGAUUCGGGUACCAUCCAGCAAUAUCUCUUUCUCAGGGUGAGCGUUGUGAAUUGAAUUUUGGGGCACGGCCAUUUAAGUACCCUAUUCAGGGGUUUCUUCCUCUCCAAGCCCCACCGUCUGCCAAUAUUCUUGCGACACAAUUGCUUAGCUGCUUAUCGAGGCUGUUGGAUAUGCAAUCCAGGGAGCGUUCCAAUAGUUUUCUGACUGCCAAAUUCAGGAGAUUGAAGAGGUUUGUCUCACUUGAGGAGUUGUAUUAUCCUGUUUCUCGUGGAAUAUGUGAGGUAAUGUUCACUGUACUUGAGGCCGAAGCAGGUAGCAUGGAGUAUAUAGCUUGGGGUUCUUUUCUUACAUUCCUGUUAGAGGUCUUCAGAAUGCAGGCACCACAUGAAUAUUUGAGUUUGGACAAAAUUGCUGAUGUGUUUCUAGAAUAUCAGGAGUCACAGAUGGUGUUCCAGCACCUUGUUAAUGCACUUUCAAGUGCCUGCAAGACAGCCCCAUUGGUAUUGACUGACUGCCCCUACUCAGGAUCCUAUCCUUAUCUUUCCCUGGCAUGCCAUAUUUUGAGGCGGCGAGAAUUGAUGGUACUCUGGUGGAAAUCAUCCGAUUUUGAGUUCUUAUUCGAAGGUUUUCUAUCACAAAAAAAUCUGAACAAGCAGGAUCUGCAGUGUAUGAUGCCUUCUGUAUGGUGGCCUGGUUCAUACGAGGAUGCUGCUUAUGAAGGUAGCAUGAUGUUGACAACAACAGCAUUAUCUGAAGCAAUCAGUAAGAUUGAAGAGAAGCAUAGGGAGCUUUGUCUCUUGGUUAUUCAGUUUCUGCCACCGUCACUGCCUCCUCAGUUUCCUGGUUCAGUGUUUAGGACGUUUCUGCAGAAUCUUCUGUUGAAGAACAGGGGAGCAGACCGUAAUGUGCCACCUCCAGGAGUCUCAAGCAACUCUGUGCUUGUUUCUUUAUAUACUGUCAUACUUCAUUUUUUAUCUGAGGGGUUUGCCAUGAGAGAUGUAGGUGGAAAAAAUGGGCAUAAUAUUGGAUUUUUGCAUAGAGGCGGAGACCAGAGUUUUCCGGUAGAACUCUUUCUGAAGAAUGAUUCUCAUCGAACUGACAUCUCCAGGCUUGGAGGAUCUUUUAGUCAUUUGUCGAAAUCUCAUCCCGUAAGUGAUCAAGAAGACGAAGUCAUUCGGUGGGAGGAAGGCUGUGUGGAUGAUGAAGAAACCAGAGUAACUCAUAAUACUAUUCAGAAACCCUGUUGUUGUUCAUGUUACGAUUUUGAGUUUUCAAGGACUUCUAAGAAUUCGCUUAGAUAUGCCCCUCGAGGUUCUCGUGUCCAUUGUAGCCCAAUGGGGGAGAGGUCUGCUCAUGUUGCUGCAGAAUGCAGUACUGGAAGUUUGAAUGAUGAGAUAGUGGACAAACCUAGUACAAGUGAUCAAUCUGAAGCAGACUUUGAUUAUCGCCCAUUGCAGAAUUUAAGGAUAGUGCCAAGAGAAUGUAACAUGUCUUGUGCUACCCUCAGAGAAGAGGAGCUUCUGGAUACUUUACUUUUGUUGUAUCAUAUAGGCGUUGCCCCAAAUUUUAAGCAGGCAUCACAUUACAUGUCUCACCAGUCACAAUCUGUAGCCCUCCUUGAAGAAACUGACAAACAAAUAAGGGAACGACCUUGCAGUGAACAACUAAGGCGCUUGAAAGAAGCUCGUAAUGAUUAUCGAGAAGAAGUAAUUGAUUGUGUCAGACAUUGUACAUGGUAUCGGAUAACUCUUUUCUCCCGAUGGAAGCAGAGAGGGAUGUAUGCAACAUGUAUGUGGAUAGCCCAACUACUUCUGGUUCUGAGCAAAGUGGAUUCCUUGUUUCUCUAUGCCCCAGAAUAUUAUCUUGAGGCAAUGGUGGAUUGCUUUCAUGUGCUGCGGAAGAGUGAUCCUCCAUUUGUUCCUUCAGCAAUAUUUAUCAAGCAAGGGCUUGCUCCAUUUGUCACUUUUGUGGUUAGCCACUUCAACGACCCGAGAAUACUGAGUGCAGAUCUCAGGGAUCUUCUUCUGCAGUCGAUAUCAGUGCUUGUACAGUACAAGGAACAUGUGGCAACUUUUGAGACCAAUAGGGCAGCCACUCAGAUACUGCCAAGAUCAUUGUUGUCUGCUUUUGAUAACAGAUCUUGGAUACCAGUGACCAACAUUCUUUUGCGAUUGUGCAAGGGCUCUCCGUUUGGAUCUUCGAAGCAUGGAGAAUCAUCAUCGUCAUCAUCAGUGGUCUUCCAGAUGUUGCUGAGGGAAACUUGCGUAGGUGAUGAGGAGUUAUUCUCGGGUUUCCUUAAUCGACUUUUCAAUACUCUAAGCUGGACGAUGACCGAGUUCUCUGUUUCUGUUCGGGAAAUGCAAGAAAAGUACCAGGUGCUGGAGUUCCAGCAAAGGAAAUGCUGCGUUAUAUUUGACCUCUCGUGCAACCUGGCAAAGCUUUUGGAGUUCUGUACCCGUGAGAUUCCUCAGGCAUUUUUAUCUGGGGCCGAUACAAACCUCCGAAGACUGACCGAACUGAUCGUAUUUAUACUCAACCACAUAACUUCAGCUGCUGAUGCUGAGUUUUUUGACUUGUCACUUCGACGUUAUGGUCAGACCAUGGAGAAAGUGAAUCGAGGUAUGAUAUUAGCGCCUCUUGUAGAGAUCAUAUUCAAUCUGUUGGAUGCGAAUAUUGGGAAGGAAGGUGAGGAUCAGAAUGAUGUUGUCGGAGUUUUUGCAAGCAUGGACUGCCCUGACACAGUGCACUGUGGGUUCCAAUACCUAUUAGAGUACAACUGGGCAACCUGUGGUCGCGGGGACUCUUACAUAGGAAAGCUGUGCCAGCUUGAGACCUUCUUGAGCCUUCUCAUAACCCGUAUUGAGUCGGAUCAAGUCCAGACGACAAGAAGCAGGGGAGAAGCAACAGACGACGAUGCCACCUGCUGCAUUUGUUACACCACUGAAGCGGACACAGAGUUUGCUCCUUGCUCGCAUCGCUCUUGCUAUGGCUGCAUAACCAGACAUCUACUCAACUGCCACAGAUGCUUCUUCUGCAAUGCCACGGUGCUGGAGGUGGUCAAGGUUGGCGAAAAGAGCAUCUGACGACUCUCCGGCUUUAUGCUGGGUGAUGCUCACAAGUGUUUUCCUCUUUCAUAAUUAUAGGGAUGGCAAUAAUUAUGACAGGAAGAUAACAGGAGGGAAGCAAAGGUAGAAUUAGGCUGCUAUAGUUAUGAAUGAAUGGGAUUGUGGGGAUGAGGUUUAUAUGUAUAAAAUCAAUAUGUUCUCUACUUUGCAUAGGAAGGUUAAGAGGGCAAAAUAGACCAUUUGGGGUAGGGUGGAGAUGGGGGGUGCUGAGAUUUUUGUAGGGGAAAUUUGAGGGCAUUAAUUCUGUAAAUAUGAGAUGUAAAUGUAAAAUAAAAUGGUAAAAGCGUUUUUCAAUCUUUGCAAUAGUUGCUGAUCAAGUCAGCAGACAGUGUAACUCAAAACAGAAUCGGAUUCUGUGGUAAAAAAUAAAGGAGAACAAUGUCGUACUAUAUUUUACAUAUUUGAGAUCAAAGUCUAUACAAGUUUAUUG